UCAACACCCCCUCCUGCCACCAUUAGUGCACAACAUACGAUCUCAAAGUUCUUGAAUCAACAAAUAUUUCAUCUUUGAAAAGGGCAUCUGAAGAGCAUAGAGCAUCAGGAGCGGAAGACUUUUAUCUCCUUGGCAAGCUUGGGUAUAUAUUAUCUCAUCUGCGCGCAGAACGUUGGUUGAGAGAUAACAAUCUGCUUUGCAUGAACAAUGGUGGAGGGGGGUGUCAUAUCUGCAGACAAGACAGAGUUUCUUGAAUGUUUUCGGAUCACAUGGAAAACACCAUACAUUUUGCGUCUUGCUGCCACGGCUGGCAUUGGUGGUCUCCUCUUCGGCUAUGACACCGGUGUGAUUUCGGGAGCAUUGCUAUACAUCCGUGAAGACUUUGAUUCCGUUGACCGGAAAACAUGGUUCCAGGAGUUGAUAGUGAGUAUGGCGGUUGGAGCAGCCAUUAUAGGUGCAGCCAUUGGGGCAUGGAUGAACGACGCUCUCGGGAGAAAAAAGUCAAUUUUAACGGCAGACGCUCUGUUUUUCGUGGGUGCGAUUGUGAUGGCUGCUGCUCCGGCUCCUUGGAUGAUUGUUCUUGGAAGGAUCUUCGUUGGCCUGGGAGUUGGAAUGGCUUCAAUGACGGCGCCGCUAUAUAUUUCUGAAGCCUCUCCGGCUAGAAUCAGGGGCGCACUUGUCAGCAUGAAUGGUAUCCUAAUCACAUUUGGACAAUUCUUAUCCUACCUUGUCAAUCUCGGCUUUACUCAGGUAAACGGAACUUGGCGAUACAUGCUUGGAGUGGCAGCAAUCCCGCCUUUUAUUCAAUUUAUCCUCAUGUUGUCACUUCCGGAGUCCCCGAGAUGGCUGUACCGAAUGAACAAGAGAGAAGAGGCAAUGAGAAUUUUGCAAAGAAUCUACUCUGCCGAAGACGUUGAAACAGAGAUGAAACUAUUGGAGGCAUCUGUUGAAGCAGAAAAGAAUGAUGAGGCGGAUAUAGGGAACGACAUCAUCACCAAGUGUAGGAACGCUAUGAAGAAUGUGGUAGUGAGAAGGGCUCUUUAUGCCGGCAUUACUGUCCAAGUUGUGCAGCAAUUUGUUGGCAUAAACACCGUCAUGUAUUACAGCCCGACUAUCAUGCAACUCGCCGGAUUUGCCUCCAAGGUGGUGGCUUUGGGCCUCUCUCUCGUUACAUCUGGUCUGAAUUGCGUAGGUUCUGUAGUCGCCAUGUGUUUUGUCGACAGAUUUGGGAGAAGAAAAAUGAUGCUUGUUUCUUUGGUUUCCAUCAUCAUUGGCCUCGUCGCUCUCUCCAUGGUGUUUUUAGCCUCAUCUAGGAAUGCGCCGCGUAUUAGCGACUUUGAUUCCAACCACCUCGUACUCAACGGCACUUGCUCUGCUUACAUAUCAGCCCCCAACCCAUCAUCUUGGAACUGCAUGACCUGCCUCAAGCAGGAUUGUGGCUACUGCGCUAGCGCAGGCAACCAUUUUCAACCUGGGGCUUGCUUAGCUAGUGAUAAGGAAGUUGGAAAUGUAUGUAAAAGAAACAAUCGUGUGUGGUACGACAAGGGUUGUCCUAGUAAACUGGGAGUGUUGGCUGUCGUGCUUCUCGGAUUGUACAUAAUAGUUUAUGCUCCGGGCAUGGGGACGGUGCCGUGGAUCGUUAAUGCAGAGAUCUAUCCGCUCAAAUACAGAGGCUUUGGGGGAGGCGUGGCAGCCAUGGCCAACUGGUCUUCCAAUCUAAUUGUGAGCAUGACCUUCUUGUCUUUGACAGAGGCUUUGGGUUCCUGGGCCACCUUCCUUUUCUAUGCUGCCUUCUCCUUCGUUGGCCUUAUUGCUAUCUUUAUGUUGGUGCCUGAAACGAAAAGUAUGCCGCUUGAGCAGAUUGAGAACACCCUUCGCAAAGGGUUCAAGCCGUUUGGUAGGAGGAGAGAGCAGACCAAUAAUGAUGGGGAAGCUGCUUGACAAGACAAAUUAAACAAGUCAGAACUGUAAAUCUAACUACAUUUGCUGUCUCUAGACUUCUGCUUUUGAUAAGUGUCUCUUCGUU